CGAGCUCCACGGGUUUGAACCUCUCGUUUUACUGCAGAUCGUCACGGGGAGGUCCUAAUCUGCUGGUGCAGCUGGGAGCAUUUUACCACGUGAUUCGAGCGAUGUCAGAGCAGUCAUCACCAUUUCACUUAAUUCAUGUCGGGGACUCAAAUGGUAAAAGGUGAAACAGCAAGAAAAACUGCUAUGAAGUAGACGAAGAAACCCGACCCCGGUUUCCUGCUACUUAUCGCCGCCUCGCAACUUAAACAAGACUGGUCUUUAACGCGUCAUCUUGGCGGUCCACAUCAGACGCAUCCCAGGUUGCAGGAGCACGGCGGAGGAGAGGCUCUGUGGCUGAACACUCCCCCCCAUUAGUCUUUGAGGCGGGGGGAGGAGGAAGAGGUGGGGAUCGAGGAGCUGCUAUACCCACCUGGAGCAUGGGGCAGAAAGUCCCAGGUGGCAUUAAAACUAUUGACAUGCGGGAUCCGGCGUUCAGUCCCCUAACAUUGGAGUUACAGGCCCUGAGUCACACUAAGCCAUCUCGUCUAGACCUUCUGCUGGACAUGCCGCCCGCCAAUCUGGACACUCAGAUCCAGCAUUCGUGGAACAACGACGACCGCUCCCUCAAUGUUUUUGUGAAGGACGACAACAAGCUGGUAUUCCAUAGGCACCCUGUGGCACAGAGCACAGAUGCCAUCCGGGGGCGUGUUGGCUACACGAGGGGACUUCAUGUAUGGGAGAUCAACUGGGCCAUGCGUCAGAGGGGCACGCACGCAGUGGUUGGCGUCGGGACGAGCGACGCCCCUCUGCAUUCUGUGGGCUACACGGCUUUGGUGGGGAGCAACUCUGAAUCCUGGGGCUGGGACCUGUGCAGAAGUAAACUCUACCACGAUGGCAAGAACCUUCCAGGAAAAACCUACCCGGCCUUCCUUGAGCCAGACGACACCUUCAUAAUACCAGACUCGCUCCUGGUGGUCUUGGACAUGGACGAGGGCACUCUGGGUUACAUAGUGGAUGGACAUUAUCUCGGAGUGGCUUUUAGAGGACUCAAAGGCAAGAAGUUGUACCCAAUAGUGAGCGCCGUGUGGGGACACUGUGAAAUACGAAUCCGGUACAUAAAUGGACUUGAUCAAAGGUUGCAGCUGGAAAAUCUACCUACUUCCUGGAUAGAUUUGGCAACUGGUGCCAAACGUGGGGCACAAUUUGCCUGUGUGGGCCCAACUCCUGCACUGAGCCUCUUUCGCUGAUGGACCUAUGUAGGCGUUCGGUGAGGGUGGCGUUAGGAAGAGACCGGCUGAGUGAAAUUCACAGACUUCCCCUGCCAGCCUCUCUCAAGAACUACCUGCUCUACCAAUGACGAAGUUGACUGACAAAACACAUUCUGCACUCCCUUGUUUCUUUCUCUGGGAUCGUCCUUGGGUUCAACCCGUUUGGCAGCAUUACUGAAGCCUCCAGGACUGAUAUAGGCACCUGCGUGAAUCAGCAAGUAUGCUUCUCUGUCAGUUGCAAAACUCCUCUUGAGUUUCUUAUCCUGUUUUUAUGACUCUUUUCAAUUGUAAUCUUUAACUUUGUAAAAUCAGGAAUCACUGAGUACUAUGCACACACUGAUCCAACUGAUGCCCUGACAGUCACCGUGCUGGUGAACCACUUUUAGCUUGUAGGGUAAUGUGGCAUCUGCUGUGACCUCCAAGCUUGAGUUAUGCAUUCCUGUCUUUGUAGCCUUGGAAAUCUGAAUGAAAUUGUGCUGAGGCGACACCGAGCCAAAAACACAGUAAACACAGUAGUGCACUGCUGUUAUCUGACCACAAGAUGGCAGUACACUCGCAAUAGUCUCAAAUUAAGCAUUAUAAAAUUCUGGGUUUUAGAGCUGGUUUUUAAAUAUAUUUGCUGUUCACAUGACACAGGAAAGAGUUGAUGACCAUUUUAUAGAGUUACUGGUGCUCUGAGUCUGUUUAAGAGCAGCACAGGGCACUCACUGCCUGUGCUGCUCUUAAACGGUCUCUCUGUAACAUGGAUGUAUCUGCUCAGCUGCUGCAAUGCAGGAAUAUCAUCAGCAGUCUUCUACAGAAAGAUAAUGUCACUGUGAUUCUUUGUAGCAUGCACCUGCAGGAAACUCUUCUCAACAAACUAUUUUUAUCAUUUUUGUCACUCCUUGUUUUUAUUAGUGCAGUAGUUCUUGACCAUGUGCUGUUGAGGCCCAAUAGCAUUUUUUUAAACUCAUAAUCUCCAUGUUUGAGCACUGAUUUGCACAUAUUAAAACAAAGAAAGGAGGAAAAAAGAACAUGUAAAUGUUUGCUGACUCUUGGGCCCCACUGGCGGAAAACCAUGAACCAUUAUGUCUUGUUUGUCUACGAAGUGUAAAGCUUGGGGUCAGAGGUUUUUGGAAGCUGGCUUUGUAGGUGCCUGACUUGAUAAACUUUGGUUUUAAAGCACCAUAUUAACAGAAAGCGACAAUCUACAGAGUGCUGCACAAAUGUAAUGGAAGUAGGUCAGAUUGCCAACAGUUUGUCAAAUGCCAUAUCAUAAACUUGUAUGUUUUUAAUUGUGUAUAAGUGGUACACCCUGCUUUUCCUUGCUUGCUUCCACUUGAUUUGUAUUACUUUGUGUAAAUUUGUUUGUAAGUAUCUAUUAAAGAUUAUUUCACAUUA